CAGCUCUGUUAACCAGCUGAUACCAAAUUGUAUUGUUUACCACAUACCUUAGAUAUUGCUUAUUUUCUCCUUUAUAAAAAAUUAUCUAAUAAUAUAAGACCAAGCCAUGUCGGAGGAUCAUGGUAACGACUACACACUAGAGGCGGACUCCGAGUUGCGGUUUGAAAUCGAACAGAAGGACGCUAAAGUCCUGGUGUCCCUAGUUAACGGCUUUGCGGAGCUUUUCGGUACUGAGAUGGUGAAGAAAAAGCAAUAUGAGUUCGGCGUCGGCGCCAAGGUGGCGAUAUUCACAUAUCAAGGCUGUGUGCUACACGUUUCUGGAAAAAUGGACGUCUGCUAUAUAUCCAAGGAGACACCAAUGGUGCAGUACGUUAAUUGCCAUGCGGCACUUGAACAAUUCCGUACAGAGGCCGAGGAAAAGGACCGCCGAGGCCCUGUGGCCAUGGUUGUCGGUCCCAUGGACGUGGGAAAAAGCACGCUCUGUCGGAUUCUGCUCAACUACGCGGUUCGUGUGGGCCGUCGGCCCCUCUUUGCUGACUUGGACGUCGGCCAAGGAUCCAUUGCUAUUUCCGGGAGCGUGGCCACCAUCCUCAUCGAACGACCAGCGAGCGUCGAGGAGGGAUUCGCGAAGACUGCGCCACUAGUCUAUCACUUUGGACACAAAUCGCCCAGUGGGAACAGUGUGCUGUACAAUGCCGUCGUUUCCAAGAUGGCCGAUGUCACGCUGCAGUCCUUAAGUAGCAAUAAGCGAACAAAAAGCUCCGGAAUAAUAAUAAACACUUGUGGCUGGGUAAAGGGCUCCGGUUAUGCGCACCUAUUGCAUGCUGCUAAAGCCUAUGGAGCCUGUGCCAUCUUUGUAUUGGACCAGGAGCGUUUAUAUAACGAGCUACUUCGUGAUGUGCCUAAGGGUGUCAAUGUGGUGCUCUUGCCCAAGAGCGGUGGGGUUGUGGAGCGCAGCAAAGAGCUGCGACAUGAGGCUAGAGAUCAACGCAUUAAAGAGUACUUCUACGGAAACUCUAGGGCACCUUUCUACCCUUUUAGCUUCGAAGUUAAGUUCCAGGACCUGCGACUAUACAAGAUCGGUGCUCCGCCGCUGCCCGACUCCUGUAUGCCAAUUGGAAUGAAAGCGGAGGACAACAAGACUAAGGUGGUGGCAGUAACUCCCACACCCGCACUCAUUCAUCAUGUGUUGGCACUCAGCUUUGCCGAGUCCAUCGAGGAUGAUGUUAUUGGUACUAACGUAGCCGGCUUCUGUUGCGUAACCGAGGUGGAUAUGGAGAGGCAAGCUGUGAUGUUGCUUUCCCCGCAGCCGCGACCUCUGCCACAAAAUGCUCUGCUCCUGUGGUCGGAGCUGCAAUUCAUGGACAAUCACACCUAGCAUUAAAUACUUUACUUUAGAUAUUCGUUAGAAAUUUUAAAAUUAAUGUCUCCCGUUGAAUAAAAAUAUAGUUUGCUGAUGUUCUAAAAACAUGA